AUGCUUACUCCACCACAACUGGUGUUGUUGGUGGGUAGUGUGGGAACGGAUAGUUGGACAGGAUUCUAUCGGUAACUUUUCACCGUUAAAACUAGAUUGGAGAAGCCAAAGCGAAACGAUGAAAUAAAUACUACAUCUGAUUUCUCUCUGUAGGUUUUUCGGGACACAAUGGCUUCACAGCCGUCCCAGAGACCGCGUCGAAAUGCUUCGCCUGCAUCGAGCUCCAAACUACAACCUAUGCGGGCUACUUUACCAUUUUCGCUGAUAUCUCCCAGCAAUCCGAGUUCUACUCGCGGAAAUGGACUACGAAGACCAAGUCCAUCUUCUUCACCGGUUCAUGGGAGUGAAAAUACCCUCAAACAUCGAAGAAGUUCUCCUGAAACACGUGGGUCUCCUGAGCAUCGUCGUAGUCCUUCUUCACCAUCUUUAUCUAGCUCGAAAGGUUAGCUGACGUGCUCUUUUAAGUAACCUUUAAAACGGGCUCUGAAACUUAGGAUAGUCACUAUUUAUGACUGAAAAAGUUUUACUGUGCCAGCUGUUAAUUAUAUAUUCAUUCUUUUCGUUUAAGUUCAGUGUGGUAAGUCAGCGAAUUUCGCUUUUCAUGUAGAUGUAUCGGUUCUUCUCUCUCUCCGUUCAGUGUAUUGACUUACACUGAAAGCCAUUUCCGUUGUUUCAUAACAGUUUGGACUAAGCUUACUGACACUGAAAUUAUUUUCUGUGCAGGUGAGAGAGGUAAAUUGUCGAAAAGCAGUUCGGGCUCCAUAAGAAGAACGCCAUCCAUAGACGCCAUUUCGCCUUACAUGAGUGGACAGUGGCCGAAAGACGUUGGAAGUUACGGUCCGAGUGUGUGCCAUAAAUCAACUCAGGUUAGUUAGCUACCGCUCAUUUAAUAAUACAUUUCUUAAAAACUGGCCAAGUUGUAGGCCAAUUACACGUAUUUGGACUUGGAAAGGUCGUUAUAUGUUCGCAUGGAACGGGGUAAGCUAAGCAAAUUUGCUUUGCCGACACACUUACCAAACCACAGCCAUGACAACGACAUUGAUUCCCAAGCAACUUUGAAAUUUGAUGAUCUGAGCUGUAAAUUAAGUUUGCCUUAACAGUUGUAAUAAAGUCAGCUUCACAAAAGAUAUUGUAGAAUUUUGCAAAUCAAACUUCGAGGUAGCAAAGAAAUAAAAAUAUCGCUGAAUAUUUUGGCGUGGAGGGAAGGACUUUGAGUUUGAUUGAGGGGUCAAAGAAUCACUUCUCAAAAAGUUAUUUUUAACCUGUAGAUUAGAGCCAGAGUUCUUGAUUCUGUUUUGAUUAUUUUAAAAUUACAAGGAGAAUUGAGUUAAGCAAGGAAAACCUCUCAGAUGGGAUGUACAUUUAACCGUCGGGAUAGCUGCCAGUUUUUCAAGUAAUGCCUACUGUAGAGUGUUUUUGGUAACUGACUCCAAGUAGGCAAAACGCCCUUUUAAGAGCCCUAGCAGAGAACAUGUCUACAGCUUUUUUAUAGCUUACUCCCUUAUCUUGCAAUGAAUUCAACCCUACUGUACUAAAGGUAUCACUGUCCAUGCUGAGGGAAGUCAUUGUAUCAGAAACGUUGUACAAGGAGGCACUAUCUUAUUUUACUGUAAAACUUACCUUUACCUAAAACUUAAAGUCAAAUUAAACAGUAACAGUACAUGAUGCCACAAGACUUGAAAGACAUAAUUUGUGUUCUUGGAAGCAACCUCUCUAAAUGUUGGAAAGGUUAAGGUCCCUGGAAUGUUGAUGCAAUAGAUGUAUUUUUUAAAGUUUUUUUUUUUUUAGUCACAAUCUGUGGUUUAAAUGGGUUUGAAACAUUCCUUUGAAUGUUGUUGUAAUAGAUGUAAUGUUUUUAUAUUUUUUGUCAUAAUCUGUACUUUAAACAAGUUAGAGAUUGAAAGAAAAGAUAUUUGGCAUUGAUAGUUCAAGCAGCCCUUCUAGGCAUAGGCUUAGGGCAAAAGGGCUGGACAUCAUUGCAGGAACCUGGAAGGAUGAAACUAGAGAAGGUCCAAUGUUUAGGCUUUUCCUAAUCUAUUCCUCAGAAAUGGCCACCUUUGCAUAACAACUGUGAAGGAGUCCUUGGAGGCAAUUUUCAGAUUUUUUCAUUUCAUUUGGUCUUGUUUUGCAAGUGUAAGGACACUGGGUACACACUGGAGUUCUAGUAUACUUGUUUGCAGAAAUAAAAUUUGGGAAAUGUUUGAUACAGGAGGAGAGGGGUUGAGUUAUUGUAAUGAAAAUUGUAUCGAUGAAAAAGUCCUGCUUAAAGACAUAUGACUUUUGAAAGUAAUGGUAACCGUUACAACAACUCACUCUGGCAAGGGUUAAUUUAGUUGAGAUUUAUGUACUCUUUAAGUUCAAAAGGUUGUUUCCCUUGUGCAAUUCAUAUAAACAGAGCAAAAUAAACCACAAUUUUCACCCUCACAUUUUCCUAGCCCUAAAUUCUCACCCAAUUGGCUUCUUCGGCAUUAAUCCCAUCUGAUCCUGUGCAGUACUGACAAGUUAAACAAGGCUUUGCAGAUACUUAAGCUUUAAAUCCCAUGUUACUUGGGAAAUAAACAACAUUUCUAAUUCUCAAGCAAAUUUUUUUGUGGUCUCUUAUUAAACCCACUACUGUCUCAGUUGGAAGGUACACGUGUGCAGAUAUCACCUUUACCUUUUGGCUGUUUAUUUCAAGUGUCGUAUUUUCAGGGGAAAUCAAGAUUUCUUGAGGAUUUCUGGUAUCCCUAAAACCAUCAUAACUCCAUCAAUAUUUUUCCUUCUUGAAGUGGAAGCUCAAUGUUUUUUUUUUUUUUUUUUGCUUUAAAAAUCAGAAUUCCAGAAAGUUUCUUCUUGAAUGUAGACAGGAACCUCUAUUCAAAGUUUUUUCUUACAUGUUGCUUAAUAUGCUGUGUAAAAAAUUGCCAUAAAACCAUUUUGGUGACAAAGUUCUUAAUUUUCCUCUUGGGUAUGCAAUUGAAAGGAAAGAAUUUAGUGACAAGUCUGAAAGCACACAUGGCAUUUUGUAAUAAACUAAGCACUUACUGGUGCACACAGUUUGCCAUCAACUAAGGGCACAUACACAACCAGCACUGAAGAUAGUGCUUUGGUGGAUGUUUUGCUGUCGUCAGAUAACCUUCCUUAGAGUAUGUGCAUUGAAUUCUAUUUUCUGUUAGAUAUCAUUUAUAUUUUGAGGAUCUAUACAAGUUGUCUUUUUGUUAUCCUGUUGUUGCUGUUAGAUCUAUAUUGUAAUCGGCUGUUAGUUCAGUUAGAAUGGCAAAUUUCAACAAAUUAUGUGCAAGGCAUACAUGUGUGAAGGCUAAAUCCAAAGCUGAUGUGUUGGAUUACCGACUAACAAUGUGGGAAGAGGGCUGGGAGCACUCUUUUUAUCUUUAUCUGUGUUCUCUCUUAUGCUGGGACUUGGACUUUGUAAUCCUCAGGAGAGAAAAACAUAAUGCUCUCAUUUAAAAAUAUUCACAAACAGCUUACAUGCUGUUUAAAAAAGUAAGUAGAUGGAAGUAAAGAUUUUAAGUGAGUAUUGUUUUGAUGGUGUACUGAGUUAGCACAACCAACUGUCUGCUACAGUACGUGAUAUUUUUGAGCUUUUUUUGUCUGAACUUUGACAACUUGUCAGGCUGUUCUUAAAAUUGUUUUAUUAUACUCGGCCUUUUGGAAGAUUUAAGGUUAACUUGUUUUAGUGUUGUUGACUGAUAGAUUAUCUGUUUUUGACAACUUGUCACUUUUGUUCCUUAUAAUAUGAAAAAUAUUUAAAUUCUAAUAUUGAAUUCAAUUUGCUAAUAAGUUUAUCUUUGUUUAAACAGGCUUCGGUUUUUUUUCCUCAUCACAACUCGUAACUGAUAUUCUGUUUCCAUUAACCUAGAGAAAGGGUGGCUUCUAAAUUUGUAAGCUUGAUUAAAACUGUUUUCAAAAAAUUUACUAUGACAGUAUACAAAAUUUUUUGGUCAUAAUGUGGAAAAGCUUAAUCAAAGUUUAAUUUUCCAUCUUAAUAUUACCUUGUGGGGAGAGAUUCAUUCACACAUUAAAGAAGGUUGCUUAUAACCAAAUGUCUAGCAGACUAGAGAAGGGCUGGUACUGUUUUAAGUAAGAAGUUUGUGGGAAACUCUCUUUUAAUGUACAGUGAACAUAAAAGUUACCAAUAAAUAUUAGAAAGUUGUAUGUCACUUGUCAAUACUAGGGGUUAAAAUGGCUGUCUUUAGAAGUUGUCUUAUAUUCAUUGGGUCAAUGAACAAAUUUGAUGCUCAUUGAAUUCAAUUUUUAGUAGAAAGUCAUGCAUUUACUUCAGAAAGGGUAUAUAUAUUUUAAUUUUAUUUCCACCUCUUUGGAGGUAGGAAGAAAUGCUUCUUGGAUCAGAUAAUGUUUGAAGAGUCAAGGACCAAUUUCAAAUUCAGCAAGGAUAGACUGCUAACUUCUUUUUGCAUCUAAUUGUGAAUACACACAAGAAAAACAUGUUUUGAUGUGAUAACUGCUUUCACACAAUUUUGUUUACUGGAUGAUAAGAAACCUUAAUGAAGGGGUGUGUUGUUAUGGCAGAAACAAAAAACUUGGAGACCCCUUAUAUGUUUCAUUCAUUCUGAGUAAUACAAAGGAAUUUGCAUAAAUGAAAUUGUUAUGGGAGCAAAGCAAUAGCUUUAUUUUGUUUCACAAUAGGCACAGGUACCCAAGCUUAAAAAGUGACUGAGAAACUAUGGAAUUGUAGAUUGUUUUGCAAUGUGAUAAUAUGUCAAUUUAAGCUGUAGUAUACACAGUGUGCACGAAAAACCCAUGUCCAAUUGUAUGGGACUAGUAGAAAUUUAGUUUGGACAUGUAAUCCUUUGAUAUAACUUGUGCAUAGUAAGGAAAAACAAAGAAACAAGUGAAAAUUAACUUCGAAUUACAGUAGAGUUAAAAUACAUCUUUUAAUUAUAAAAAACCCUUGUACUUGACAAAGUAAGGUUAAAUAUUCUUUUUAACUCUACUGUUCUGCUGCCAUUUUAUUUGUUCUCUUAUGAGCUCCAUUUGGCUCGGGAAUCUGGCCCUAGUAACCAGGCCUAUUAAUACAUAACUUAUUCCCAGGCUCAAAAUUUUAGUUAGGUUUGGGACAGCAAAAUUUAAUACAGUGCUCGUCCAAAGGACUAGUGGGUAAGAAAAUUUUUCUAUUAGCCUGAUACAUCCUGGUGAUUUCCAGCAUGACAGUCUCAUAGAAUAUUCUUAAUGAAGAAAUGAUUAUUUUUAGUAUAGAGAAAGAGAUUCCCAUUGUAACAUUGUAAGAAUGAAGUGGCUGUUCUGCUCGGAUUACAAUAUAUAUUUUUCUUAAUUGUGUUGUUUUUAUAGACACCAGUUUGGGAAGAGGGGGAUAUUGAAGAUAAUUCAGGAACAAGAAACAAGCGAUCAAAUUCCCUGGGAAGUGGAGACCAGAAGAUUAAAGAGGUAGUCUCUUUAAACUUUAUAGAGGUUAAGGUCUUAAUGUAUUUUGAGCUCUUAAGUUAACUACACCAACUCCCUGUGUCUGUGGCAUUCCACUCCCCUUACUUCCCCCCCUUCUUCCUCAUUCUAUCCCCUAACCCCUUUCCCCAUAAAAAUGAUGAAUAUUGGUUCCUGGAAUUCUAGAAAUCUACCCAUAGACUGGGGAACAACAGUUUCAGUUUCCAGAGAAAUGGGAAAUGUGUUCCAAAACCUGCUAUUGGUCUUCCUGUAUCUCUUUUACUGAAACUAUGUUGCUCUUUAACAAUAAUUAUUAUUGGUGAUAAUUAUUGAUGAAAGCCACUUUCUCAAGGUUAAUCCCGUCUUUUUAACAAUCUUUUUAUAGAAAUUGAAACAACAUCUUCAACGCACAAAGCAAGGCAGUAAAUCUAGCCAUACGUAUGGCCGCCAGUCUCCCCUUCAUGGUGAUCAUACUGCUAUUCCAGCAAGCCGGCUGCCUCAGUCAAUUCCCAUUUCAAUCCCUUUGGGCCCAAGACCAUCAGAAGGACCUCAGAAAAGAAGCUUGGAAGGCCUAAACUCUGAAAUUCAGAAACUUGUUUUGACAGAUGCUUCAACAGAAAGGGUAUGUUUAUUAUGUGUUGACACAACAUAUCUCAAGUUAAUCCUGGCUUGUUUACCAUUGCCUCCUUCUUUGGUGUGUCAGAAAAUGGCCUAGUUAACCUUAAAAAAUGCAUGAAUUUGUAUUUAUUAAAGGGGGGUUUAUGUUUCCUUAGACAUCAGAACACGUUCCAGAUGGACGCAAAGCCCCUGUAUUUGAGGUACUGUCUGGGGCCCCUUUUCGGACAGUAGACACUCACACGCAGACUCCCUCUAAUAAUCAAGAGGGGCAAGAUAGUAGUGGCAGUGGUAGCAGCAGCAGCAGAAGCCAUUCUGCAUCCCCAACCUACCCCAUCAUGCCAGGGGCAUCUGAUUCAAGGCCUUCAUCAAGAUGUUCCUCAGGAGGUGCUGCAGAUGCUGAAGAAAAUGUUUCUCCUGAGCUUCCUUCAGGUGGUUCUAAAUAUGCCUCCUCACCAAAGCCCAAUAAUUCUUAUCUGUUUGCGAGGGAGCCUCCUGAUGGAGCAGAGAAAGUCCCAUUACAUGUUGAAGAUGCUGACAGGUGGGUAACCCUUUAAUGAAAAGGAGGUUAAGAAAGUUUCAAAAUGUUUUUCAUGUUGUUUUUAAUGCUCAAGUUAACCAGUCAGCAUGUUACUGCUAAAGAGCUUGUUAGUUUUAAGAAUUUAUUUUUGAAUAAAAUCAAUGCAGUAGUUUUACCUUGCCAACAUGAAUUUGAUGAAAUCAAACCUCACUGACACCCACAGUAAUAAGCAUCUUGACAACAGAAAACAUAAAAAGGAGUUCAUCUGGUAAAGUAGCAUUCAAUUGAGUGUUGAAAAUAAUGCAGGAUUGCUAUGGUUUUGCUAUACUUCAUCAUGUGAUUGGUCUAGAAAACUCUUGCCACUUUCUUAAAAAUUGGGUUCAAAACUAAAACCAAUUGCAGCUUGGUCUGGUGCAAUUUCCCUCACUUCAGACAGCUUAUUUGUUUUAAUCUUGACUUCUCACUGGCUCUUUGUGAUAUUUUCCCUACCCCGCCUGGCCAUUAGUGGUUUUUUUUUUUUUUUUUUUUUUUUUUUUUUUUUAACAACCCCCAGCUGAAAAGUGCUCCAUAAGACAUAAACUGAAGCUAGGCUUAACAGAAUGAAGGUUAAUUGUUUUGAUUGAAACUAAUUCAUAUGUGACUUUAAAAAGAAUCCUAAUAAGCUUUGUAACAACCUUCCCUUUCUUUUAGAAGUGCAUCGCCCCAGAUUUUUUGCCCAGACAAGACAAAAGUGAACUUCAUAACCAUCCCUGCAAGAUCAGCAUUUUCUGUCUUCAAUGCCCUUCCUUCCUUGCCCAAGGUGGCCGUCACCUCUCCAGCAACAGCAAACCAACAGUUAUCACAAGUGGAGGCUUCACAGUAAUAAGAACUGCAAGGGACUUAAACAAGCUGCAAACUGUUGCCAUGCAGUUCAACCAUGAAACUGAAGUACUUUAGAAAUACAAAAAACAAAAACAAAACAAAACAAAAAAAGAUUAACAAAAAUAACUAAUUUAUUGCAAGCAUUAAGAAUGACUAGAGGGUUCUUCUUAGUUUCCUCUCUGACUCCUGUGCAUUAACCUAUUUAAUUAUUUUAAAACAUCUUUUCCUAAUGUACCUGUUCUAUGAAAAAAUUUGAUAUCUUGACCAACUUGUUUGGUUUGAGAAAAUAGUGUGGGGGUGGAUGUUUUGUGCUUCAAUGAAGAAGUACUUGUGAUAAAAUUAUUCUUCUGUCGUUUUUCUUUCUCCACUGGAUGAAGAUGGCUGCUCUACAUGACUGGCAUUUCUUUUCCAGUAAUAGUGUGUUUCAAGGAGCUUGUGUAUAUGGUAAUGAAAUUUGUAAGGUCUUGUAUAUUGAGGCAUUUGUUACUAAAGAUCUCUGAACAUUAUAUAUUGUCUCAAUUUACCCCCUAACUCCCAAGAUCUCAAUAUAAAUUUUCUGCAAUGUCUGUCACAUUUCUUCUCAAUUGAGAAUUUGGUGUUUUAGACAAACAACAUCUCCGCAUUUAAAUCUUUCUUGCUUCUCAUCACCUUCCUGCUUGCAAAUGUUGAUACAGUUUGAAAAGGAAAUCUGUUUUGGGUACACUGGGAGUGAAUGGAUAAAGGAAAAAUUGAACACUUUUGGGAUUUCAAUUUUUUUAGAGUGGUCCUUUAUAAAAAGGAAACAGUUAUGCAAUGUUUGAGAGAGAAGGAUGGUUUUCUUGUGAUCCUGGUGUUGGCUUGGUCUUGAGUCAGGAAAAUGUAAAUGAUGGCUCUGGUUUGAUUUUUUUUACUUGAACAUUUGUAAGUUACCACAAGAAGUUUGCAUGUUGGAGUUCUUUAGUUUGUGUGUUUUUUUGCUGUUGUUGUUGUUGUCUUUUUUUCAACAUGUUUGUUUGAUGUAGUGCUAGUGUUUGGAAGCUUUCUUAAAGAAAUUUUAUACAAAAAAAAGUACCAACCACCCUUGAUGUACCGUUGUCAGGGGGCAUUUGAGUGUUGAAGAUUGUAUAUUAUGUUGUUAUUCUGUCAUCAUGUUAAAAAAGUGUACUAUAUUGAUAGAUUUAAUAUUAAGUGUAACUUAAAGAAGACGAACCUUUCAGUGAUAAUGCGUUUAACAGUUAAGGAGUUUUAUAUAAAAAGAAACCUAUACAGCAUUCAUUGGCUUAAUUCUUAAUGUAUACUACAGUUCUUGAUGUAAAUAUUUUAUGGAUUGAAAUAACUAUAUAAUACUUGUAUAUUUUUACACUGAAAGAAAAUCAAAUCUGUUGUAGAUU